CUUGUAUAAACCUGGGAACCACUUGUAAACCGGUCGGCAACACUAACGAGAUCCAUUUGAUCUUCACCAGUCAGUCAAUAAACAUACGGUUCAUAACCGUAGGCAAUUCAUAUUGAUUCGUGAAUAAUUCUGAACAGAGCCAUGUCCACGGACGUGCGAGGAGUUGUAUUGUCUGGAACUGAAUUGGCCAAAGAGAUCCGACAAGGCCUAAUCAGAGAUGUGAGCGUUUUAAAAGAAAAAUUACCUGAUUUCGCACCUGGCCUGGCUAUCGUCCAGGUAGGCGCGAGAGAAGACUCAAACGUCUACAUAAAGAUGAAAAUAAACGCAGCCCGCGAAAUAGGUAUCGAUGUUCAACGUUGUCAGCUUCCCAACACCACAACGGAGAUAGAGCUCAUCAACAAAGUUAGCAAACUGAAUAAUGAUCCAAACGUUCAUGGAAUUAUUGUACAAAUGCCGCUUGACAGUGUCAAUAAAAUCAAUUCUCAUCUAAUCACCGAUCUGGUUUCACCGGAAAAAGACGUCGAUGGAUUGAAUACCAUUAACGAAGGGCGAACUGCGAUCGGUGACAUGUCUGGAUUUGUACCAUGCACUCCGAACGGUUGUAUCGAAUUAAUUAAGAGGAGCGGCGUGACUAUUGCCGGUGCUCAAGCCGUUGUUUUAGGAAGAAGCAAGAUUGUCGGUACUCCCGUUGCCGAACUAUUAAAAUGGAAUAAUGCUACCGUAACAGUUUGCCAUUCGAAAACGAAGAAUCUUCCUGAUGUUGUACGUCAAGCUGACAUUUUAGUAGUUGGCAUAGGACAACCCGAAAUGGUUAAGGGUGAUUGGAUUAAACCGGGUGCCGUUGUCAUCGAUUGCGGUAUCAAUCCUUUACCAGAUCCAACAAAGAAAAGCGGACAACGUUUGGUGGGCGACGUAGCGUACCAGGAAGCUGCUAAAGUAGCUUCGUACAUUACACCAGUACCAGGCGGCGUUGGACCAAUGACAGUGGCAAUGUUAAUGAAAAAUACCGUGAUAUCCGCGCAAAGAUCAGCGCAAAAGCUCCUCGACAAUCAAUGGAAAUUGCGGCCUCUUAAACUGAAUCUAGUGAAACCUGUACCGAGCGACAUCGACAUCUCCAGGAGUCAGGAGCCGAAACCGAUCACCGUACUAGCCGAAGAAAUCGGAUUAGGGCCAAACGAGUUUAGCCCUUACGGCAGCAAAAAGGCCAAGGUCGGUCUCAGCGUGCUGGAACGACUAAGGAAUCAACAAAAUGGAAAGUAUGUCGUGGUGGCGGGUAUCACGCCAACGCCGUUUGGCGAAGGAAAAAGCACGACUGCCCUCGGAUUGGUGCAAGCACUCACGGCGCACAAAGGCAUAAAUUCUUUCGUUAAUGUAAGACAACCUAGUCAGGGACCUACAUUCGGCGUUAAAGGAGGAGCUGCUGGAGGAGGAUACUCACAGGUGAUACCUAUGGAGGAAUUUAAUCUUCACCUGACCGGGGACAUUCACGCUGUUACCGCCGCGAAUAAUCUUUUGGCGGCGCAAAUUGAUGCGCGAUACUUCCACGAAUCGACUCAAAGUGACAAAGCCCUCUACGAUCGGCUGGUACCGACUAUUAAGGGUGUCAGAAAAUUCUCGAAAAUUCAGCUGAAACGAUUGCAAAAGCUUGGCAUCGCGAAAACUGAUCCGAACUCGUUAACGGAAGAAGAGCAACGUCGAUUUGCAAGACUUGACAUCGAUCCAAACAACAUCACGUGGAAACGAACGGUGGAUAUCAACGAUCGAUUUUUGCGAAAGAUCACAAUUGGUCAGAGCCCAACUGAGAAAGGAAAAACAAGAGAAACCUCGUUCUGCAUUUCCGUUGGGUCUGAAAUAAUGGCAAUCUUAGCGUUAUCAACUAGUGUCGAGGAUAUGAAGCAUCGACUUGGUAAUAUCGUUGUCGGAUUUAGCAAAAGCGGCGAGCCUUUAACUGCAGAAGAUUUUGGUAUGACGGGAGCAAUGGCGAUUCUGCUAAAAGAUGCUAUAGAACCGACACUUAUGCAAUCAUUGGAAGGUACACCGGUAAUGGUACAUGCUGGACCGUUCGCUAAUAUAGCCCACGGUUGUUCAUCCAUUAUCGCCGACGCUAUUGCCCUAAAAUUGGUAGGACCGCAAGGUAUUGUAGUGACAGAAGCCGGAUUCGGUUCAGACAUAGGUAUGGAAAAGUUCUUCGACAUCAAGUGUCGUACUUCCGGACUCGUGCCGAAUGCCGUCGUACUCGUGGCGACUAUCAGAGCAUUGAAGAUGCACGGCGGUGGGCCGACGGUGACGACCGGGGCACCGCUAAAGAAAGAGUAUGUCGAAGAAAAUGUUGAACUUGUUAGGAAAGGUCUGCCAAAUCUGCAGAAACAUAUCAGCAAUGGUCUGAAAUAUGGCGUGCCAGUUGUUGUUGCAAUCAACUCUCACAGUACCGAUACUCAAGCGGAGCUAGAGCUCGUUAGACAAGGAGCGUUAGAUAGCGGUGCAACUGAUGCGAUAAUAUGCACUCAUUGGGCCGAAGGUGGGGCUGGUGCUACAGAUCUUGCGGAUGCAGUGAUAGUCGCUACUAACAAAAAUUCCAAUUUCAAACUAUUGUACGAUCUCGAGGACAGUAUCGAAGAGAAAAUUAACAAGAUCGCCAAAGAGAUAUACGGUGCCGGUCAAGUAGUUUUCGCGGACCAGGUACAGAAAAAGAUCGAAAGCUAUAACAAGUUAGGAUACGACAAACUUCCAAUAUGUAUGGCAAAAACAUCGAAUUCGUUAACUGGAGAUCCAGCUAUUAAAGGUGCACCAACUGGUUUCACCCUUGAUAUUACAGAUAUAUUUGUUUCGGUUGGCGCCAAAUUUGUUGUUCCCAUGGUGGGAGAGAUUAUGAUGAUGCCCGGACUUUCUACUAGACCAAGUAUCUACGAUAUGGAUUUGAAUAGCGAAACGAAUGAAAUAGAAGGCCUGUUCUAAAUUAAAAGUCUAUUUUUCAAAAAGAUUUUCACGAUACGUGAUGUGUAUUAAUAAUUCCUCAGCAAGUUCAUAUAUGUCAAUACAUGUCGAUGUAUAAUGUUUAAUCGACAAUAGAUAUUUUUGUAUUCAAGAAAAGUUUACAUUCUUUAUUAUUUACAUACAACAAAACAAUACAUUCUGUUAAAAUAAAUAUAUCGCGUACACAUAUUACGCAUCUAUCAUCUCAA